UUGCGCCAUUGCCACGGUUUACACCCUACUAAAUAUUUUGGAAUAAAAAUGUCAACUUGAUAUUUCAAAACCAGCAACCAUGUCUGUAGGGUUUUUUUAACAAUGGGUCAUUAGAUUUUAGAGAUCGGUUUAUUACUUAGAAAGAAUAAAUUACUGUUUUUCUGUCACAGUCUAAAGAGGACACUGGACCUGCACAUGCGCAGAAAAAAAUUGGCCAUUUUGAACAGGAUUUUAAUGGAAUUCUCAUAACCAGCAAAACACACCCAGAUGAAGAAUAUUCGAGGUCAAACAAAUAUAGAUGUGUAGCUUUUUUCUGCCAUUUUUCGGUGUAUAUGCAUAAAGGCCACUUUUCGUUGAAACGGACACUUUUACAUCUCAGCAAGGGUCAAUUUCGGAUGCAACCUGUCGAAAAGCAAUGCAUGCCAGGAAAAUGAGGCAGAACUAUGCACAGGCUUUCGUGUUGUCUGUUUUGUUCAUUGUUGUAACUGGAUUUUACUUCAUGUCCCACCACCUUAACGAAUAUACGGUUACGAUCACGGCAGACAUACGACCUGCAGAUCUGGAGGCUGGACCGUGUCCAAGUCUGAAAGAUGAAGUAGUCUUUCAACCCUCUGGUAUAGCCCCCAAAAUGCCUAAGGAACUUGAAAAAGUGGUCCCUAUAUGGAAGAACACAACAGCAGAUAAAUGCAUUGGAAAGAUUAAACCAAAGAGUAGGAGAAAAUUUUCAACACAGGAAAACGACACUUUUUACGGAUGUGUAGAAAGAAAUAAGAACGUAAAUGGUGUUCGAGAUCAUUCCAUGCAUAGGUAUAAUAGAGAUAGAAGCAUAAUAUAUUCCUACUUCAAAAUGUUGAAAAUGAAACCGGACGUUGCAAUCAUCGAAAUCGGGGGUUACCUAGGUGGUUUGAUGGCGAAACUUGUAGAAACAACAGGUACUAAGCGUUAUGUUGUUUUGGAGCCAGUCCCUAGUUUUUAUAAAAGGUUCACCAAAAAGGUGGAGGAUCUCUCACUUAAAUCAACAGUCACAGCUUACAGCUUUGGCCUUGCUAAAACUCCGAAGGAGCUACAAAUUGCAGUACACGCUGAAGCUACUUCUUUGCUGAGAGACGAUAUUAAGAAAGGCGUCAAGACAGAAACUAUCAAAAUAUUUAAUGUGAUAGACUUCUUCUUGCAGAUUGGGUUAGGGUGUCACUCAUUAAAUCUACUCACAAUUAAUUGUGAAGGAUGUGAAUUUGACGUCAUAGAAAUGCUGACGUCAACAUCGCUGAUUGAUAACAUUGACUACGUACAGUUCCAGCCCCAUGCGAUUGUGUUCACAGAUCAACAGGAAUACAACUGUAAAUACUGUCGUCUGCGUCAGCUUCUUGCACGGACACACGAGGUUGGAUACGAAUUCCCACACGUCUGGGAGACGUGGAAAAGAAAAGGGCUUUCAUAGCAGUCAGCGAUGAAAUUAAC